CCACCACAAUCGAGCAGUAACAAAGUUUGAGCUGUUGUACCUUCACCCAAUCCACAUAUAGCACUACAAAAUGGUCACUGGGAAAGUAGCAGUCGUCCUCCUAGCCUGCUGGACGCUAGUUCUCUACCAACCAGUGCUUGGCCGUUUACCGUGUAACAAUGAUCAGAAGAGAGAGAUCCUGCGCGAGUGUGAUCCACUGAACUCAACACCUGACUAUACUCCAUCCCGGCACGGUGCGUGCUGCGUGGCGGUGAGAAAGGUGCCAGGAACCAACAUGCUUUGCAUUGCCUCCAUACUCUCACUUGCUGACAAGGCCAAAUACAGUGUAAGGAAGAUUCUAGGAUUUAGAGAUGCAUGCGCCCCUUCACAUCCACACCAUCAGGUCAUGGCCUAAAAGAGUGUAGCUGCCAGCCUGCCAUCGCUUAUGGAAUCAUCGUCCAAACAUGAUGUUGAAAUGAGAUGUAUCUCCGGCUGGUUAAUAAAAACCAAGUUAUAUUAAUCC